AGAAACGCAUGUCCUGUGCAUGAGGAAAGAAAACAUAUAUCUGUAUAUCCGUAGUAAUACCUACUCGGAGUGGAAGAUUUGCUCCAAUCGACACAACCCCGUCCACAGUGCACACAUGAUUAUCUCGAACAUGGACACGACUCUCCGAGCGACGUGUCAGAUUCUCAACCCCCAGCCCUGGCUGGUCCCACAGCCAAGCCAGUCAGGCCCCGCAGUAUCAUCUCCGGAAUCUUUGGCGAAAGGGGGGAACCCUGAGGCGGCGAGGGGGGCCCCUUCGAGUCAUGUCGACGAUGAAGAGCGCGGGAUGAAGUUAUCUACGAAGUAAUACGUACAGAGCACGGAUACAGGCUCUAAUGAGAGCCUCGUUCCCAGCAUCCGGAUAACUUCACACCUCGUCGCCGUCGCCAUGUUUGGAUUUGGCGGGCCAGCAGCGCCUGCCCGGGUCGCCACAGACCGCGUGGUGCCCGUAGGGUUCUUCGACAAUACCAUCAUCUUUCGCACGUUUGUGCUAUACACCCUCUUUGCAUUCGACGAUGUCCUCGAUCCGGAGAGGCUGCGCACGUCACUGGAGCGUGUGGUCGCGCGGCCUGGGUGGAACAAGUUGGGUGCGCGUGUGCGCAGAAAUGCAUCCGGUGACCUUGACCAUCAUAUCCCCGUCUCGUACUCCGAAGAGCGUCCUGCCAUCGGAUACGACCAUCUAGACCUGAGUGAUGUGAGCUUGGAGGACCAUCCUGCCGCGUCACACAUUCCCAAGCCACCUCAAGACGGCUACCCAGCCGUUGUAGGCGACCCCGACAAGCUGGUGGACCUCUACUCGGGCCCUGCGAUUCCCAAAGGCCUCAACGACUACAUAUACUCGGACAGGCCUGAGCUCGGGCUGCGCGUGGUAUCGUUCAAGAACAAGACCAUUGUGGUCCUCCACUGGAUUCACCUUGCGUUCGACGCCACCGCCAAAAAGGCGCUGCUUGAUGCGUGGAUGCUGAUGCUCCAGGGGAGGGAAGAUGAGAUCCCAGAGCCGCUCGCGCCAGACAACUAUAUCUUGGAGAAUGUUGGCAAGAAUGCGCCGCAACCCCACGCGCUCGCGAGCAACAGGGUGUACACCCUGGGACUUGUAACCUGGGUUCUCCGAAACAUCUACUCACUGGCGAUUAGCACUAAGGAACAUCGCAUGCUGUGUGUGCCGCCCGGCUUCCUGAACAAGCUGAGGAAGCAGGCCCUAGACGAGGUCAAAGAGAAGGCUGUCGAGGCCGGUCAAGAGGAUGUAUCCUUUCUCUCCGAGGGAGACGUGCUGCUUGCCUGGACGACGCGUCUGGCCAUGACGGCCAGUCUGUCGCGGGACUCGGAAACGACCGUCGCCGUCCAGCAAGCGUACCAAUUCCGACCUGUGCUCAAGGACCUGAACCCCGAAGGGCGGCCGUUCCUCAGUAACUGCGUCAGUUUCCUGGUCUCCUUGAUGCCUGCAAAGGACGUCCUCCAGAAGCCGCUGAGUCACUUGGCGUCGAGCAUCCGGAACUCGAUCAAGGAGCAGGGCACACGCGAGCAGGUCGAGGCGUACACGUCCCUCGUCCGCGAGGACCCGGCGAACCGCGCGCCUCCCUUCUUUGGCGAGAGCGGGAUGCAGCUCAUCAUGUUCUCCAACUGGUCAAAGUCCAACAUGUUUGCCACCGAUCUGUCCGCGGCGGCCGUGAACCCCAGGAGCGAGCCUUUGUAUCCGUCCUAUGUGCAGAGCGUGCAGGGCCCGUACAACUUCAGCGACGGCAUCAUUGUCGUUGGCAAGGACACGCAGGGCAACCACUGGCUGUCAGGAUACAGAGCUUGGGGCCUCUGGGGCCUCAUGGAGGAGGAGAUUGCCAGGCACAGGGCUUGAAUGAUGGUCGGGUCUGUUGUGACGGAGCGGGGGAUUCUCUAAAGAGUAAGAGAAUAAAGGGUGGUAGUAUGAGUCAUGACGAGGGGAGAAACUUGGCAAUCCAUUUGGACGUUGGGGUGGCUUGAGGCUAGAAUCUGGAUGGUUACAUGAUGCCGCUGGCUUACCCUGUACUCGACGCAAAUUACCAGCGAUUGGGAAAGCUUUAUGACUAAAUGUUAUUUGAUGAUUGAUCCGGCGACGGUGGAAACAGAUUGCGACUAAUUAUGUAGGCUGUCAUUUGAUCUGAACCUUUUCAAA